CACCGGCGAAUGCAAGGCAGUUCUCUCAUUCUACAACUGACCGUUAACGCAAUUGGUUUACGCAAAGCAUAGUCAAGUUAUAUAAGCAUUUGUUUUUAUAUUUUCAAUUGAUAUUUAUUUCUCUUGUAUCAAAAUGGGACGCAUGUUGAGAUUUGCGAUUGUUUUGUUACUAGCAGACAGCACUAUGGUCAAUUUUAGGGUGCUAGCGAGAGGGAUGUCGUCGAUUGCGAGAGCCUUCGAAGCGAACGCGGUGGUGCCCGAUGUAGUCGGCAAGGCUCCAGAGGCAGCUGUCACGGUCAAAUUCACGAGCGGCGUGGAAGUCAAAAGUGGCAAUGUCCUCACACCGACCCAAGUGAAGGACGUGCCGAGCGUUUCGUGGGACGCCCAGCCCGACGUCUUCUAUACACUGGCAAUGACUGAUCCGGACGCACCGUCCCGCAAGGAGCCAACGUUCCGCGAAUGGCACCAUUGGCUGGUGGGCAACAUCGCUGGCAACGACGUGGCGAGCGGCGACACUCUCUCCGCGUACAUCGGGUCAGGCCCGCCGCCCGGCACCGGUCUGCACCGCUACGUGUACCUCGUGUACAGGCAGCCCAGCAAGCUGCAGUUCGACGAGGAGCGCCUGCCUAACAAUUCGGGUGACAAACGCGGUGGAUUCUCUAUUUCGAAGUUCGCGAAGAAGUAUAACCUGGGCGACCCGAUCGCCGGUAACUUCUACCAGGCCGAGUACGACGACUACGUGCCCAUCCUCUACAAGCAACUCGGAGGCUAAACAAAUGCACUUACCCUGUUUCAGCCAUACACUUACUCUGUUUUAGCCAUACACUUACUCUGUUUCACCCAUACACUUACUCUGUUUUAGCCAUACACUUAUGCAUUUACAGCCGUACACUUAAUACUAUAAGUGACAAUUCAUAUAAAACUUGGAAAUUUUAACUAUCAUAAACAGUUUAAUUAAUUUUGCAUUAGUUUAAAAAAACACCGUCAUAAUUUCGUAUUAGUUUAAUAGAUAAUCAUUGAUCCUAAAUACCAUUAUGUAGAUGCAUUUAUGUCAAUCAGUGUAAAAUUAAUAUUUUUAAAUAUCUAUUAUUGUGAACACUUUUUUUUAUGAUUUGAAAAACAUUAAAUAAAAGCUACAUCAUUUGCUCAAGCAAGUGCAAAGUAUAAACGCGAAAAUGUAUUUAAUAAAGUGGAAAGUGAAAAAUAAGUUAAAAAUGUAAUUAUAUUCUAUUAAGAUGUUAAACAACUUAAUAGAAAUAUUUACCACUUUAAUUAUACUGUAUGUAUAUUGUAUAAUGAAAGUAAGUUUUAAAAAAUUGUAUUGUUAAGAAUAAAACUAUCAAUUUGAUGUUGAAUGUUUGGUUUUGUAAAUAGAAAUCAUUUUCUAAAAUGCCAAAAUAUGAUACUUGGUCCGUGUUAUAUUCGAUGAUUUUCCAUUAUUUUUCUUAAAGCUCAUAGUUUUAUUUCUUUUCUAAUACAUGUUAUAAUAAUAAA